AGUAAUGCGAGAAGAACAUGGGAUAGAAAGAGAUAGGAGGGGAUAGUAUAAUAACUAUGUCAUACUUAUAUAUCAGUAACAGGGACAGAUUUGUUUUCUUCACAGAGGCUAUGGGACAGAAACAAGUCCUGGUAACAGAUACAACUUUCGGCUAACACAGAGGAUUACUAUGAUCUGUUAAAAACAAACAAGGAAGAGGAGGAAGUUUAAUUUAAGAAUCCUGUGAAGGACAGAGGCGAGAGUGCUCCAAACUAACAAGGCAUAUAUACAAGAAUUCGGAAUUCCACACAGGAUGGCUAUUCUUUUCAAGAACGAAUGAAACCUUCUGCUGACGACAACGGUAAGAUUUUGCCUCAAACAAAGUGGAAAUGUGGCCAUUAACAGACAGGAAAGAAAUGUAUUUGGAAAUGUCUGGAUAGCAGAAACCCUACUACUUGGUCUGUGCAGCUUGGAGAAAGGAACACUUUCAAAGGACACUUAUCUACUAAAGUGCUGCGCCAAAUUUAGCACAAUGGAAAUGCAAGGGACAGACAAUGGAAAGUUAAUGACCUGCUUAACUCUGUCCGAUUUCAUAGAUACUCCCAAUACAGAAAGUCUAGUCAGUCCAAGAGAGAAUGACUAUGUGCUUCUUGAGACCAAUGACAUCUCAUCAACUUCUCAAAGAGAGAGCAGUAAUAUAAACAGGGACAAAGGAAAAAAAGACAAUAUGAAUGAGAAAAGAAAGAGGGAUGAAUGUCAGUCUGUACAAAUCAUGAAUGUGUCAGAGAACCAUGACUGCAGUUUGGGCAUAUGUAAGGAAAAAGAAGUAUGUUUUACUACAGAUGCAUCUUGGAAAAAUCAGAAGGGCUACUCAAGCUGUUCACAACAAGAGACAUCUGCAUCAUUUGAUAUAAGAAACUGUGACCCUGGAGCUAUUACAGAUCUUACCAGUUCAGAUAAAGUUCUGGUCCAGUUAAAAACUGAGGGAGACUAUGAGCUUAAACAGUUAAGCACAUUCCACUCAGAACUAAAUCAAAGCAGUGUUUUGACUGAUCAUGAAAUGAUCACACUCAAACAUGGAAAAGAGACAUCACCAUUUAUGGAAAACUACUCAAUGAACACAUCACCUGGGUAUCUAGAUGAGUUGAGUGAUGAAGCUACUUUGGAAUCUCACAUAGCCAAAGUGCAAUUGCUUGAAGGAUUAAGGUUGUGUGGGAAAACAGACAGUGAAAUAGAUGAUCAAACAGCUACUUCAGUAGAUAAUAAGAUAGCCACUGAUAGAAUCCUACAUCAGGAAAGCAACAGUUCUCCAUUGCAAAAGUUUAGUGUACAAUCACAAGUUGGAACAGUAGAGGUACCCAAGAAAAGAAGACUUGAGUCAAAAACAGACGUGAAUGACAGCAACACAGAUAAUGUUGAUGAAAGAGUGACACUGACAACUUCCUUGAAACAAGAAAAAGACCCAUCCUAUUUCGCUGCUGUCAUUACACCACCAGCCCAAAUUAACAUAUUACCUGUAGCUGAAACUGAGAUUCAGAGCAUGAUCUCAGAUAGCUUGGUUAGAGAUACCCCAAUACAAAAAUCAGCUAAAAGCAAAGGACCACCACCACCAGUUCCAAAGAAACCCAAAAAUCCUUUUGGUAAAGAUGCUAACAAUGCAGUAGACAAGCCUCGGCCAUAUUCUGAACUUCUACAAAAAAGCAUCAAAAUGAGAAGAAGAGAGUCAGCAUUGCACAUCCCUGAAGACAAGUUGCCUCCAGAUUUAGACUUGUUGUCUUUUUGUACAAGUGCAUUAGACUCACCAUCAUAUAUGUACAUAACAAGAGGGUUUGUCCCUGCUUUUCAACCUGAAGUAGAUGUUCCCACAGUUUAUCCAGAUUUAGAUGGUGAAGAUGUGGACCUCUGGACAAGGUUGGACAUAUCUCAGAUAAGACACAUAUUAGAAAAAAAAGCAAAAAUGAAAGGCCCUCCACCACCAAUACCAAAGAAGUCACUAAGUCCAUAUGUUGCCAAUGAGAGUGAUAAUGUCUUACCAAUCAGUGUCUCAAUAUUGAAAGACACAGCAGACAUUUUAACAUAUGAAAGUUCUGACUACAAUCCAUAUAUGUACAGAACUGUGCACGAGCAGGAUGCAAAAGCAAUCUUUGAUGCAGACAGAGACAAAUUACUAGUUACUUGCACCAGCUCUGAUACUUUGGAUGACAAUGUUUUUUUGAGAUUCAGACCAGAACUCAUUAGACAAACUAAUAAUUUGCAUGAGGACAGGACACAUCAGAGCAGCAGCGCUAAUGUUGAAAACCAUGAUGUUAAAGUAUUGGAAAUGAACAAAACUUCUCAUGUCAAAAAGCCUUGUCAAAUGGAAAGGAGACUGUCACCAAAGAAAGAGAUGAUCAGGCGUGUGGUCCGGCAGAGCAAAUUCCGCCAUGUUUUUGGCCAGGCGGUGAAAAACGAUCAGUGUUAUGAUGACAUCAGGGUGUCACGGGUCACCUGGGACAGUGCCUUCUGUGCUGUUAACCCCAAAUUUGUUGCCAUCAUUGUGGAUGCCAGCGGAGGUGGAGCCUUUAUUGUCCUCCCUCUACAAAAGACAGGUCGUAUUGAUAAGGCUUACCCAACUGUCUGUGGACACACAGGCCCUGUGCUGGACAUUGACUGGUGCCCUCACAAUGAUCAUGUCAUUGCCAGUGGGUCUGAAGAUUGUACUAUAAUGGUGUGGCAGAUCCCAGAGAAUGGCCUCACUGCUCCAAUUUCAGAGCCUGUUGUGGUGUUAGAAGGACACUCCAAGCGGGUUGGCAUUGUGACAUGGCACCCCACAGCCCGUAAUGUCCUCCUCAGUGCUGGAUGUGAUAAUGUGAUUUUGAUUUGGAACGUGGGCACUGGUGAGGCCCUCAUCACACUGGAUGACAUGCACCCAGACAUGAUCUUCAGUGUGUGCUGGAACCGCAAUGGCAGCCUCAUCUGCACCGCCUGCAAGGACAAGAAAGUGCGCGUCAUUGAUCCACGCAAGGCCAAGAUCACUGCCGAGAAAGAUAAAGCUCAUGAGGGUGCACGGCCUAUAAGGGCAAUCUUUCUUUCUGAUGGCAACAUCUUCACUACUGGCUUUAGCCGCAUGAGUGAGAGACAACUGGCCUUAUGGAACUCGAAAAACAUGGAUGAGCCAAUCUCAGUACAUGAGAUGGACACCAGCAAUGGCGUGCUACUUCCCUUCUAUGACCCAGACACUAACAUUGUCUACCUCUGUGGAAAGGGAGACAGCAGCAUCCGCUACUUUGAGAUCACAGAUGAAGCACCGUAUGUUCAUUACCUUAACACCUUCUCCAGCAAAGAACCACAGAGGGGCAUGGGCUACAUGCCCAAAAGAGGCCUAGACGUUAAUAAGUGUGAGAUUGCCAGGUUUUAUAAACUUCAUGAGAGGAAGUGUGAGCCGAUUAUCAUGACUGUCCCAAGAAAGUCAGACCUGUUCCAGGAUGAUCUGUAUCCGGAUACAGCUGGACCAGAUUGGGCCUUGGAAGCAGAGGAGUGGUUUGAAGGCAAGAACGGUGAUCCUAUUCUAAUAUCACUCAAACAUGGCUAUGUCCCUGGCAAGAAUCGUGACCUCAAGGUGGUCAAAAAGAAUGUUCUGGACAACAAGUCACCCAAGAAGGUGGAGGAGACAUCAGCUCUUCAAAAGCCUGCCUCUCCUCAGCUCAUUAGAAAAAAUGAAGUGAAGUUGGAGGAGCUGCUUCGAGAAGUGAAAUCUCUCAGAGACCUGGUGACACUUCAGGACAGACGAAUCACCAAACUCGAAGAGCAGUUGGCCAAAGUGGCAUUCUGAGGCGCAGCUACAGGUCUGAGUCACCAUGUCAGAAUAUGAAGAGAUACAGAAGAGAUUUCAGAGGGCCAGUCACUGCCAAAAAAAUCACAAUUCAACUUGAUCAUUCCACUUGGUGUUUUUUUCUUGUGACUACGACUUGAAGCAACAUUCCAAUAGGAGCAUUUUCAUCUUGCCUCCCCUGAGCAUUCAUUAAGGAAAAAACAGAUUCAUUUUUGCUUUGUGUUGUGUUUUUUCAUGGUGCAGUGGGUUUAUCUGAUAAAUAUUUCAGAUUUUUAGAUUUCAUGAUUUUCUUCCUUUUUCGCUUUUGUAAAGUUGUGAUCUUUUGAAUUCUGAAAGUCCAGAGUGUAUCAGUAUUACUAUUCUGUUUUUUUUUCUUUGUGCUGCCAUAUGUGAGGUGCAUCCCACCUGCAUAUUGUUUUGCUUUUAAUUGAAUCCUUUUACUGGCAGGACUUCACUGUCUAUUAAUCUUUUGAAGACUGGACAGUAGGAAGGUUUAACCUCACCCUGAUCUUCUCAGCUACAGAGGUUAAACAUUAUACGAUGGACACAGAAAUGAAUCAGAAUUUAAUCGAGUAUUAACUGAGGGUAAAAAAAAAUCUAGCACAAACAAAAACACUGCAGGUAAAAGCGCCAUUGAACAGUGUAGUGCCUAAUUGAGAAGCACUAAUCAUAUGCCACGAUUCCUGCAUUAAUUCCUUGCUGCUCACUGUAGUAUAUUAUUAUUCCAAGCUGUCAAUAGCAGGGUGUGCUAAUUAUAAUAAAUGCAUUACAGUUAGAUGAUUUAGAUGAUUUUGAUAUUUAGCAAGUUUUCCAAAAGCAAUAAAGCAAACAUGUAUAAGUGAGAAUCUAAAAUUUUCACUGAUCUUCUAACUCUGAUCUGUGGUUGUUUUUAACUGAUUGGACUCCCAGAAGUUAAUUUGACUUAUAACUUAAACAUAAAGAGAUAUCAAAUUAAAGCUGUAAUCAUUGGCCUCCUGAAGAAAAACUAUUUAAAUACUACUGCUACAGAUUUGUCAAAUUUAACUUUUGUUCAAUUACAACUCACCUGCUUAUUAAUAGAGCUGUCCAGCCACUUUAUUGAUUAGAAAUGUAAGUACAAUCAAGCCUAUAAAUAUUUGGACAUUAACAAAGUUAUUGCUAUUUUAGGGCAAUAACUUAAGGGCUCAAAAGUAAUUAUAUAGUCGGAUGCUCAGCUGUACCAUGGCCAGGUGUGUUUUUCCCUCGAAUGUUCACUUACAAGUAAGCAGAUAAAAAGUCUAAAGUUAAUUUCAUGCAUGGCUUUUGCAAUUUAAAUCUGUUACUUUUACUUCUCAGUACAUAGACCAUUUUAAUGGCUAUUUGUGGGUUUAUGGAGGUGACGUCUAUGGUCCUUGAAUGCUUCUGGUUAGUUGCACACUUUCAAAUCAUGGGCAGGAGGCUGUUUAUAUGCAUUGAUAUUACAAUUGUUUAUUUAAUCAUGCAAUUAAAAAUGUCAACAUUCAAAUUAGGAAUUUAGUGGCUAUUAGGAGCAUGUUAUUUAGACCUGUAACAAACUAACUGUUAUCAGCAAAUAUCUUCCUUACCUUCCAAGACCUAAAAACUUGCUUGGUGAGACUGGUGCGAAUAGAAGUAGAGGUGACAGGCUCCCUACUCUGAACUGCUCUUUGUCUGACCAUCUGAAAAGUCAAUAUCUGCCAUUGGUUUCGGCUCCAUUUAAAACAAAUUGGCAUUAUACAUGUACAAAUCUACUUUAACUUUUAUUAACAAUUAAAUAUUGUAUUUAAAAGCAGCAACAAUUUAUGCAUUAGAAUUUAAAAAAUAAAAGACACAAAUGCACCUUCUUGUUUAUUUACGACCCACAGUCCCAGAUGUCUCAGAUGCGCAUUUCAACCCUCUCACACAUGCUGUUCCACAGCAACAAGGAUUACAUCCCAACAAACCUCUCCUAACCUUUAGAGACAAUUCAGAACGUAAAAUAAUUGUUUGCAAUAGAUAAUAAUGGCACAUGAUUAUAUUACUAGCAUACAGUUAGCAAUGUAAUUUAUUUUUUGCAUAGUUUUACAGACUGACCAGCUAUGCAAGGGCAAUGUACACUAAGAAUCUCCCCAUUCAGCUAAGUGACGAAUUAUGUAUUAUUAUUAUGUAGUAUUAAGUUUCUGACACUGUUUGACUUCAGUCCAACUUCAGCACAGACAACACAAAUGUCGUCCACAUUGUACAAGCAGAUGUUCCCAACUUUUCUGCUUAGAACAUAGUUAUAAGCAUCCAGACUGCGACAAGUUUAUAUAGCUUCUCUUGUAUAGAUGUACUCAGUUUCAAGAUAAUGAUACACAUCUGGAUAUGUUACUUAAGGUAAACGGUUUAGGCUUUGAUGCUUAUUUAGAGGGUAUAAUUCAUUGUUUAUUUUGUGGGGUUUUUGCAAAUACCUUAUCCUUUCAGUUCUUAAAAACAGAACUUAAAAAUGAUGCGCUUGUUAUAUUGUUUUGACAGAUCUGUGAUUUAAAAAUGUCGCCACUGGAAAUGCUUCAGGACCAGUGAUGUAACUUUUUAAAUGCUUUUGUUGUUCUUUUGGCUGCUCCCUGUUUGGGGUUGCCACAGCAGAUCAUCCGGUCUGCAUAUUUUGAUUUCAUACAAUAACAUAACCAUUUUUUUAUCUGGGCUUUGGACAACUUUUUAAAUGCUUAUAAUAAGCUUUAUCUGCUUAUAUGGGAAUAACACACUUGGCCAUGGGACAGAUUGGCAUCCAUUACUUUUCAUCUCUUAAAAUAGGAAGGAACACAAAAAAAAAUGGUGUAAUUCCUACACUGUUCAAUAUACUGGGGUAGACAGCUAUAAAAAAAGAAUAACUUUGUCUAGAUAUUUAUGUACCUCACAAUAUAUUCAAAAAGACUACAAUGUUCAGGUGCUCUACCUUACGCAUUAUUUUCAAAUCAUCCUAAACUCAUAAUAGCAAAAAACUCUCUCUUCUCCAAGCUGAUUUUUUUGAAAACUUGAUUUUCAUAAGGCAGUGGCUACCAACUGGCUCUCACACUUGUUAAUGAUAUGUAGUGGUGCCUCUUUGUGUAAAAUUGAUUUUAGCCUGGCCCUUUCAAUAGUUUCUGGCUGGAGCUUAACUGACGUGAACCUGAACACUUGUGUAUCCUAAACCAUCAUGUGCAUGCAUUCCAGGUUUCACUAAAAACAAGAGUCUACACCCACAAUAAAUCUUGUUCAUAUUAUGUUCUGUAUUCAGCUGUGUGAUGUAUUCAGCGUUGAUGACUGUGCAUUGCCUUGUAAAUUGUAACUGUAAGUUGCAAAUUGGAAAACAUAUCAACGGGAGACUACAGACUCAAUGUACUUUGAGCUAGCAUUAUUUCAUUAUUUACCUGUUUGUUUUUUUGUCUUCCUAUAAUUAAGUCUUAGACAAUUUCCACCCACCAGUUAGACUUCAAUCACGGAGGAUUAAGGCUUUUACGUGAACAUGAGAUAGACAUAUGAAGCCAGCCAACCACAUGUUUGCAAAUUACUGAUCCUGUUGCAUCAAGGGGUGGUGUAGCAGUCAGGGGAAAGGCCAGUGUCAGUGAAAUUAUAGCUCUGCCACACAGCAUGCAUAGAAACAAAUUGUUGCAGAAUAUACUUUAUUUUUAAUUCAAAUUCAUACCUUUUUUCAUGUUUAGUAAUAAUUCUGAAAACUGGAUAAUUAAUGCAAUUGUGAACCAAGACAAAGUUAAUUUAUAAAAAACAAAACAAAACAAAAAACCUUGCUGCUCGUUUUUCACUCAGAGAUUAGUGUAAGAGCAAUGCAAUGAAGGUUAUGCUUUUCAGGGUGAAACAUUUUCUGUAUGUCACUAUUGAAAAGCAAUAAAGUUUAUGUAUUGGAUUUCACAUAAACUGAAACAGUGAAAUGCAGCUGAAUGAAUUGCUUUUAAUGAUAGUCUAUUUACUUCUGACAUCAAUUUUGAAAAGCAAUCUUUGCUGAUUAUCAUUGAAGAGAAGCAAUGCAAUGAAGCAAUAAGUGAGAAGUGUGAGAUCCACAUCCUGUGGGUACUGAUGCACAGUUAGCAUUGUAGAAACAUGUUGCACAGAUCGUUGAAUGAUAACAAGAAGAUAAAAUGGUUAUUUAAAGUUUAGUCAUUCAUUAACUUGAAUGUUUUAAAUUAGUAAUUGUAAUUACUACAGUGAAUUGUUAACUUAGUUGAUUAUCAAAAAUAGACAGAUUAGGCAAAAUUCUUUGUUGCAGCCCAAUAUAGAGCUCAGCAAAGCCAUUUGUGGUAUGUAAAAUCAUGGGGAAAAGGAAGUACACUCUACAUCAGGGCCCAAAUAACAGUUGUGUGUUCUUCACCAUCUUUGUAACCCAAAUGCAGUAAAAGUAAGUCCUAAAAAAAAGUAUGCAAUAAAGUAUGUCCUAUACUUCAGUAAUGCAGAACCACCUUUAUCAAUAAUAACAUCUUCUAAAUGCUCAAUGGGGUCAAGGUCAGGACUUUGGCUUGGUCAUUCCAAUGCGUGGAUAUUUAACUUUUUUAGCCAUUCAGAUGUUGAAUUGCUGGUUUGCUUGGGAUCAUUGGCUGUUGCAUAACCCAGUUUCUGUCUAACUUAAGCUGUUGAAUAGAUAGUUACUCACAUAUAUUUCAAAAAUAUUUUGGUAUAAAGUGGAGUUCAUAGUGACUGUAAAUUCCCCAUGUCCAGUGGCUGCAUCACAAAGCCAAAUCAACACCUCUUCAUCACCACACAUGGUCUGAGGUGUUUGUGGUAAUAAGCUGUGUUUGCCAAACAUGGUGCUGUGAAUCAUGACCAAAUUCCUCCACCUUUGUCUCUUGAGUCCAAAGGAUUGUUUGGUCAAAUGCAGUGUUGUAAAUCUUAUGUUGCAAAAAUUAUGCUACCAUAUUUUUUUUGGAGAGAAAGGGCAUUUUCCUAGCAACUUUUUAUUAAAGCCAGAAUUGUUCAAUUUUCACAUUUAAAGUGCUUACAAAGGCCUAUAGGUUACAUAAUGUAGCUUUUUUUUCUCUGAGCAUUAAAAAGUAUGGACUGAAUUUACAUUUGACACCCACUUUUGGGAUGAUUGAAAAUGGUCUUGGAUUCUCUCCAUUUGUAUGCAGUCCACCUCACUGUAGAAUGAAUUUCAAAUCGUUUGAAGAUGGACUUAUGAGCAGCAACUGUUGCUUCUCGAAGGUUCUGCCUGAUGACACCAAGAUCUGUUUUGUAAAUGUAGUCAAACUUUUUGAUAAUAACCUAAUCUUGUGCAGCUCAUUAGUAAAACCUAGCUGCUAAUUACUCUCAAUGAUUUUGGAAGUAGAAAGGGUGUAUUUGUUUUUAUUCCAACCUAGUUCUGAAUGUUAGUUUAGUUUCUGGAAAAACUACAUUAUUUUUCCCCACCUGAGAUUAUGUAAAGUAUUUAAAGAAGAUGGUGACAAGAAAUGAUUGUUAUUUAUGUCUUGAAAAAAAAAAAUAUAGAAGGAGUACUUUCUUUUUCCUAUGACAGUAUAUUCUGUUUGAGAGGAGGUCUGGACAAAAGAAUCUCACUGAAAUGUUCCAUUGCCUCCUCUGCAGCCUCACCUGGAAUGCAAAGAAUGGCCUGCAAAAAAAGAGACUAAAUUGCAGUAUGAUUGUUUUUACCUGUUUGGUGACACAAAGUCAUAAUACAAUAUCCAGUGUGUCUGCACCAGAAUGGAGUCCUUGUGUCCUGCUUUUGUGAGCAUUAAUAGGGCAAGUACAUGGACAUGGAAAUGAUUCCAUUUCGUGCAUCCUUAAAUGCCUUUUUAAAUGACCAAAAAAGUGUUUUCUGAAAAUACUAAUAUGAACCUACAUAAACUUCAAGUAUACAUCACCUGCAGUUCUUGCCUUCCUCGACCUGCAACCCCUCUACUCUCUCUUUUGAAACCACGAUACAUACAAUUUUGAGUGCAAUGAAUGAUAGAAAUGUGCAAAUGCAUGAAUCAUAAACAUGGCAAAGGACUGAAUAAAUUCCAAUGCUACAUGCAUAAGCAUCUGUAUACGAAAAAGCAUUUGAUAUAACCUGUAUUUCAACUCCAUAAGUCGGUAAGCAUGUGAUAAUAUAAACCAAGUUGUGAAGCAAACUUCUCCACAUUUAACCAUUAUUAAACCAAGCCACAUGAAGCACUUAGACCUGGAAACUCAAUGUUAAAAAAAUAAAAACAUAAAAAAAAUUCAUAAAACUUCUCAUUAUCCUUCUCACAUAUCAAUCUGAAGAAGUUUAGAUUGACCAUUUUAAAUACUGAAAUUACGUGGCCACAGUAUAAUAAAGACAGAAUGCAUGUGUGAAUUUCAGGAAUCUCCCUCUUAGUGCACGUAGCAGUCUGCAUUGCUAGAGUGCAUACUUUCAGAUUGUUCUGUAUUUGUUUAUGCCUCUAUGUGUGUUUCUUUUGAUUCUAGCUUUGUAUCUGCCCUUGUCCUGUAACUGGUUGUUUCCCUCACAUGGCCUUAUUGCCCACACCUGUUCUGACUUUACUCCUUGAUUAGUUUGGAUAUUUAAACCCUUGAGUGUCAUUGCUUUUUGUGAAGUGUAUGCUCUUUUCUGAUUAUCCAAGCUGUUUGUGCUGUUUUGAUCUACAACCUGUUUGCAGAUCAUCUAGCCGGUGCCAAUUUAAUGAUUCUGAGUUGUCUUCACUAUACCAGCUACCUGAUGUCAUUAACAACCAGCUGACAGUGCACUAUGGAGUUCAGUGACUUUCACUUAAAGUAAAUAAAAUACAAAAAAAUAAUGUUAAUUGAGUUUAGAUAUAUUGGGGCACUUUUUGACUCCACAUUGUCAAAGCUUUUUUUUACUGUUAAUAAAAGAAAAUACCAAACACAUACAUUAUGUGAAAUCUGCAAGCUGCUAAACUACAUGUGGAGGACACUUUUAAAUGAUUACCAUUUUGUUUAAAUCUUUCAAAACUGAGGUUACAGGAAUAUUCAUACCAGAUCUAAUAGGAUCAAGGUCAGCUUCUUCCCCACAUCAAUUACCCACACAGCUCUACAUUACACUAUUAGGCCACUGAUGAUUUACUGUCAGUUAUCGUCCUGCUAACUGUAGCAGGACGUUCUGGUCAACUGGACAGUACUGUAGAGAAAAGAGAUCCAGAUCAAAUCAAUAUUUGGUGUGACCACCCUUUGUCUGCAAAACAGCAUCAAUUCUUCUAGGCUGACUUGCACACAGUUUUUGAAGGAACUCGGCAGGUAGGUUUUUUCAAACAUCUUGGAAAACUAACCACAGAUUUUCUGCGGAUGUAGCAUGUAGCUUGCUAGAGACCUCUACAAUGCUUCACUGUUGCCUGCAGAUUCUCAUUAUUGUAACACACUCCAGCCCUUCUGAAAACAACCUGCCUCCUGCUACAGCCAGAUAUUUCAGAUCUCAUCAGUCCAAGGCAGCUGCUGCCAUUUUUCUACACCCAGUAACCUAUGUUUCGUGCAUAGUUGAGUUGCUUAGCCUUGUUUCCACAAGGUAUGGAUUUUGGCCACAAUUCUUCCAUGAAGACCACAUCUGGCCAGACUUCUCCAGACAGUAGAUGGGUGUACCUGAGUCCCACUUUGCUGAUGGCUUUGCUGGACAUCAGUAUGAUGUGUCUUUCUUCUGCUGCAUUAAGUUUCCUUGGCCGACCUCUGCGUCUGCGAUCCUAAACAAUGCCUGUGUCUUUUCAUCAUAAAAAAUGCCUGUUUCUUUGCUUCUUGAAACCCCAGUUUACUUUAAAAUCUUUGCCUGGGAGGGACCUUGUUGAUGCAGUAUAACUACCUUGUGUCUUGUUGCUGUGCUCAGUCUUGCCAUGGUGUAUGACCUGUGACAUGAAACUGUCUUCCACAAUCUCACCUUAGUAGCAGAUAUUGUCUGCUCCUCACCCAGUUCUAAGCUCCUACACAGCUGUUUCUGUUUUAGUUAAUGACUGUGUUUCAACCUACAUAUGAUAUUGAUGAUCAUUAGCACCUGGUUAAUCAUACACCUGACUCUGAUCCUACAAAAUACCUGAUUUUGUUCAAGUGUAAGAACUGAUGCUGGUUUGAAGGGUAAUCUCACCAAAAAUGUAUUUGAUUUAGAUUUUUUCUUGUGUUCACUGAUUUUGCAUUUUUAAAAUGAUAAAAAUAAACAAUUAAAAAUAUAUAUUUGUAAAAGCAUUAUUUACACACUUUACAGCGUUUCUACCAGCGGCGGCUGGUGCUAAAAAAAAAUUUAGCAAACAAACUUAAAAUCAAACUGCAUUUAUCAGGUGAUUAUGUAUCAUUACUGCUAAGAUAAAAUAUUGAAAAUGUUAUUGUUA